AUGGUGUCAGAUACAGAAGAUUCGUUCGAGCUAACAGAGGUGGAGAUAGCCCACUGCAACGAGGGCUUCCAGCUGUUCGACCUCGACGGCGACGGCCUGAUGAAACCGGAAGAGUUCAAAGACUACAUGGCCGCAUUAACCAUCCAUCCUUCCGAUGUGGAAAUCCAUCAGUUUUUCGAAGACAACAAAGUGGAAGACAAAUUUGUAGUAAAUGUUAACAGUGUCAUGAAUUAUAUACACAAGUACUUGGUCGACACCAGGGAUGAGAACAGACUGAGGGAGGCACUCAAGGUGUUCGAUCAUGAAGACACCGGCUUUGUGUUGGCCGCAGAAAUUAAAUACAUGCUGAUGAAUUACGGCAACAAGCUUAGUGAAGAAGAGGUCACCGCUUUAUUCCGGGAGGUUACCAUCAACGACGACAGUGAGAUACGUUUUGAGGAAAUAAUCGAGGCUUUACGUCCCGUGGAGUACGAGAUAAUAGUUGAUGACUAUACGGACUCUUCAGAGUCUUCAUCUGAAAAUGAAUCUGAUGGAUAA